AUGUCGAAGCCAGGCGCACACCAGCAGAAGCUCGUCCAGCAGAAGCCUGUCCAGCAUGGGGUUGGCCAAUACGUCGAGCACAGUGAUGGUUACGGCAUCGAGGAAGAUGAUGGUGAUGGUGAAUGUAAACACGAUGGCGCUAACGGUGGCAAUGUGAAUGAGAACGAGAACGGCAACAGCACUGCCAAUGAUGACAACGGUGAUGAGGACGGUGACGAAGAUACCAGUAUCCACGAGAUCAACCUUUCAGACAUCAGCGUGGACGAGAACCAGGGACCAGCAGCGCCACAGACAGCACAGACAGCACCGGCAGCACAGACAGCAGGUUGGGUUCCCAUGACCCAGCUAAGGAUGAACAGCCACAGCGAGGCGCUUCUCAAGGAGUGCCUCUCCAAGUUUCCCGACCGCGCGCUCGACCUUCUCGCGGUCGUGAAGGCGUCUGUCGGCCGCUCAGCGUGCAGCAAGAGCAAGCUUGCCUCGCUCGACAAACGGCUCCAGAACACACACGAGCCCGUUCCCACGUUCGAGGGCUUUCCAACCAACAUUCGCGCCCUCGCCGAGCAGCAGCAGGCACGGCUCACACACGCGCCGGUGGUUGUUGGAGGCCAAACGUACAUGGCCACGGCCGAAACUCCUCUCGCAGUGCCUGACCAAUUCCGGGUAGUCUUAUUUGGAUCUGGCGUGUCCGACAAGCAGAGGCUCCAGAUCAAGCAGCAGAGGCGCCAGGAGAACCGUAUUUUGCGCAGGGAAAAGAUGAAGAAGAGGAACAAAAGAAUAAAGCUGCAGAAAAAGCUGCAGAGGCAGCAGCACCAGCAGCAGAACAAAAAGGUCGGCAAUUAA